AUGGCGGCAGUGACCCCUUCUAGAUCGGGGGUGUCUCCUUCAAGCUCACCACGUUUACCUUCCCCUCCCCCCAUUCCCGAAGUCCAAUUUGGGCCCAAAAGCCCUGGAAUUGGCGACAUAUCCAAAGAAUUAUCACUUGACGCUACCUGUAAACCAGAUGAAGGAGCUGCAAGGAGGAUAAGACCAGGCACAAAAGCGGCGGAUAUGGCUAUGGGUCCUCCUCUGGUCCCAUUGAGUCAGCUCGACUCGCCUUUCCAACUCCAAGAACACCUCAAGUCCCUUUACUCCCAUCUUACACAUACCUCGGGAUCCACACAUACGGUUCCAAUCUCAAAAGAGUCGGCGUUACAGCUGGCCACACCACCACAAAUCAACGAGAACGAAUCAGUGGACAGGAAUCUCUGGCUCUACGAGCUCUGUCGAUUUCUCACCCAAAAGGCGAACGUUGUCUCAAUAUUCCUGAUGAACGACUCCCCGCCUUGUUCAAGCCAGACAUGUCCCGAAAUGCGUGCGAGCGAAUGGCAAUAUCUGUGUGCCGUCCAUGAACCUCCAAAGUCGUGCUGCGCAAUUGAUUAUUGCAAUCACACUCUUGACUGGGCGGCAAAUGUACUGACAAGUCCGAAACAUUUCCCCUCGAGACUGGCAUUAGGCGGUGAGGCAGGGAACGUCAUCCAAAGUAUGCGUCAGCUCACAAAUAUCUUCCGACGAGUAUAUCGCAUUUUCGCACACGCGUGGUUUCAGCAUCGAGAUGUUUUCUGGUCCGUCGAAGCCACUUAUGGUCUCUACAUUCUCUUCAAGGUUGUCUGCGAUGAGUACCAUCUUAUUCCCCAAGACAGCUAUACAAUUCCCCCAGAAGCCGAAGGAUCUCGUGAAGAGGCCGAUGAUCGAAGCAGUAAUUCUGCGCAGGACAAUGGCUCGUGGAUGCAAAUAUUACGCAAAGACACUCCUUCGACUUCAUCUUCGGACGAAUCAUCAGCACCUUCUGCAACAACGGCAGGAACUACGCAUACGACUGGGGCAACAACCCGGAGACACAAACAUACUCCUAGCACAGGAAGCCAUGUUGCAACCAUAGCCGAAGGUCAGGAGGAAGAAGAUGAAGAACCAACAAGCACAAUUGCCGCACCAAAGAAUCUUCCCACCCUCGAGCCGACAACCACAACAGUGGAAAUACCAGAUUCGCCACCGAAAUCCAAAGACGCCUCACCAGACCAUCUUCCAAAGCUAGAUAUCCAUGCCACUGUGCCAAAGUACGAGCCUCGUGCCCCAGAAGAUCCAACACCAACGGGCAACGUGGAAGACAUUGACCCACUCUCCAUCAACACACAAGCCGCUGUAGAAAGCAGCAGUGCUACAACCGCAAAUGAGGCAACGAAACCAGAGACACCCAUCAAUCAAAAAAUGGAAGAUGACGAGGGAAAAAAAUUUACGUCUCCGUCAGGCGGAAGCAUUCGUACCGGCGGUCCAGAUGUUCUGAAUGCUAUCCUAGAGCAUAUCCAUGACACGAACGAUGGACAUGGGCAGGGGCACGCUAACGCUGGUAACAAAGUUUUGACAGAUAGUCCCAAGAAGACUGAGGACACUGGAGAUGAGGAGGUGACGAUCAAUGCAGAGGAGACAGCGGCUGAGGAUGGGGAGGGUGAAAAUGGCGAAAAGGAAGAUAAAUCUGAAGAAUCGAAAGUUGAAAAGCAGGACACUUAG